AUGGCGAAAGACACUUCUUCUAAUGAGACAUACCAGGAUGACAUGUCCUUUAUUCCCCCAAGUGUAAUCUCGGAUCGUUUGCUUUCUGGGGACUCUUACGCAUACUAUACGCCCUGUCCAGCCGCCAUUACUACCCGCGCUACAACAUCAACUGGAGAGGCCGUGGAAAGCACCUCAUGCGUACUCGGUGUUGACGAGGCUGGCCGUGGGCCAGUACUAGGCCCCAUGGUCUACGGUGCCUUCUAUUUGCCAAUCGAUCUUCACCUCUCUCUUCUGGCUCAAGAGCAUAGCUUUGACGAUAGUAAGGUUCUCACUCCUGCUGUGCGCGCCAAUUUGAUGCGACUGCUCAACACUCCCGGCCAAACUCUUUACGAGUCCUGUGGAUAUGCUAUCAAGGUCCUUUCUGCUCGUGAUAUUUCUGCGGGAAUGAUGAAACCAAAGACGGCCGUGUACAACUUGAACGCUCAGGCGAUGGAUGCUACCAUCGAAAUCAUUCGUGGGGUUGUGGAAGACCGUCAAGUUGAUGUACGAGAGGUCUAUAUCGAUACCAUUGGUAACCCUGCCACGUACCAGCAGAAGCUGGAAAAAAUAUUCCCCACUAUGAAAAUAACCGUGGCUAAGAAAGCGGACUCUUUAUAUCCGUGUGUGAGUGCUGCUAGUGUUGCAGCCAAAGUUACGCGUGAUGUUGCCCUGGAAGUUAUGUAUGAGGAUGUGCUUCGCGCACAACAACUUGAAACAAAUUCCAUAGCCCCCGAGGGAUGGGGUAGUGGUUAUCCUUCAGAUUCCAAGUGUGUCGGCUGGCUUCGACGGAACAUGGACCCUGUCUUCGGUUGGGGUAAUGAGUGUCGAUUUAGUUGGGGCACAGCGAAGGAGAUGCUCGAGAAUAAAGGAGGAGCACGAAUUGACUGGCCAGAUGAUGAUGAAGAGGGAGCAGGUCGGCUCAACGAGUUCUUGUUAUCUGGCUCAGGAAAAAGCGCAGGCCAAAAUGGAUUGCGGGAUUGGUACGGAUCCAGACAAGCUGAAAUUAUAUGA